CGGCGAGGAGAGUCAGCACUUCAGUUCAGACCGGCGCCUCAGCUCUGUCGCUCGUCGCUCCCCGUGGUCAACAUGCUGUGCUUCCUCUGCUGGCUCGUGCCGCUCCUCCUCGUUCUCUACGUGGUCGCGGAUGUCAACUACUUCCUACGCAUCGGCUUCGUCAUUCUGUGGGGCCGCCUCUUCCAGAAGAAGGCCAAGGUCACCGACGGCACCACAAUCUACGGAUUCUGCACUACCCAAGAUGUGGACAUCUUCUGGAGGCACAUGAACAACGCCCGCUACGUGCGAGACUUGGACUUCGCGCGAUUCCACUUCUACGAUCGGACCGGCAUCUACGAAGAGAUCAUGAAGCGCAAGGGGCACGCCCUCCAGGGCGCCACCACGGUGCGGUACAGGCGGACCAUCCCCAUCUUCACGCCUUACAAGAUCACCACGAACGUGGUGCACUGGGAUGACAAGGCCAUAUACCUGGAGCAGCAGUUUAUCACGGUUGGCGACGGCUUCGUUCGCGCCAUCAUCCUAAGUAAGCAGAACAUCCUGGACAUUGACGUGCUCGACAUGAUGAAGAAGCUGACCGGACGGGAACCGGGGAAGGAACCGCAGGAACUCACCCUCUGGCUCCAGGGAGUUGAAGUGGCAUCCGCCAAACUUAGGAAGAAAGACUGAAGAAAGUCAUGAGCUCACGUACUGAUGACUACUACUACUACUUCUAUAUAAGUGUGAGUCUAUGUAUAUGUAUGUAUAUGCGUGCGUGCGUAAACAUGUUGUGUUGUGUGUGUGAUAAACUGUUACAAAAUAAAACUAAUUGGCUGUGUACUUACAAA